AUGGAGACUGUUGAAACAUUACUAGCAGAUAUUGAUCGCGAAUGGAAAAUUAUCUCGAGAUGUAAGCAAUCAAUUGAGAAUCAGGAACCAUAUGAUAUGAAUUCCAUAAAGCAGCAAAUUGAUAUAUCAAACAGUAAAAUAGCUACGAUGAAUAUGAAGAUGUUGUACCUUAAAAAUAUCAAUGGAGUUUUAAAAAUUCGAGUUACUGGUCUUCAUGAUCUCGACUUAUCAACUUCUCACAAAACUGGAAAGUAUGCGUCGGAUGCUCUAUUCCGAAAAAUAAAGAAAGGAAGUAAACUCGGAUUUUCGAAAUACGGAAAUCGAAAACUGCGAAGUAGAUCACACGAUUUCAUAAUUGUGAUACAUGUCGGAGGAAAAAAAGCGGCAAUGGUGUUCUGGAAUGACAGUAAAACGAUGUGUGGUGGCGACGAAGAAGUAAUCGAACUCAAAAAAAGCCGACACUUGGAUUUUGAAAUCUAUCACACCGAUUCGCGAUCAUUAUGCGCAAUUGGAACAUUCUGGUUGGGAAGUUUGUUCAAAGGCCAUUCAAUGCCCGAUUCAUGUGAUACUGUGACUCAUUCUUCGGUUCAACUUUUACCCAGAGGAACCCUUCAUAUCCAAUCAUCGUAUUCGGAAAAAGUUGCUGAAACCAGAAGAGACGAAGAGCAUAGAUCAAAGUGGUCUACACUUCGUAGACGAAACACCUUUGUCGAGACGUCUUCAAGUUCCCGGAGGCAUUUGAGCCAUUCAAUAUAUCGAGAACAUCUUGUUAAUUACGAAAUAAUGGAUAUUAUCGGAAUCGGUGCAUUCGGCACAGUGCAUCUAGCAAAAAGCCAUCGCGACAAUAAAUACUAUGCUAUCAAAAAGAUUGAUAAAAUAGGCAAAAGCAAACGAUUCGAAACUUCUGAGCUCAAUAUUCUGAAACAGCUCAAUCAUCCGCUUAUUUGUAAUCUUAUUGAAGAGUUUAUUGAGAAUGGUGUACUGUAUUUGGUAUUAGAGUUCUGUGAAGCCGGCGAUCUCCAUACGCACUUGUCGAGAACAUUCUUCGGAUUCAACGAAGAGCAGAUCACAUUUUUUGCUGCUUCCUUAGUGUUAGCCGUCGAAUAUCUUCAUGAUCAAUUGUUGGUUCACAGAGAUUUGAAGCCAGAAAAUAUGAUGCUCACUCGAGAUGGAUAUGUGAAAGUUAUUGAUUUUGGGCUGUGCAAACAACUAAAAAAUCGUCGAGAGAAGAUUCACGAAAUUGUUGGCACAACUACACAUCUGGCGGCUGAGGUGCGUCGACGCGAGCCGUACGGAAUCGAGGUCGAUUGGUGGGCACUUGGUGUCUCAUUGUACCAACUCAGAACAAAAUCUCAACCGUUUUAUGGUGGGAGGGAAUGCGAAAUGGAGAGGAAUUCAAGGAUAACCAAAUGGCAUAUUUUCCAUGAUUUAUUAAUUGGGCUGAUGGCCAAUCAUCCAUUAGCAAGACUCGGGUAUUAUUCGUCCAAAGACGUCAAGAAGCAUCCAUUUUUUAUGGAUACCGAUUUUGAAGCAAUUUUGGAUAAGAAGGCAAUAUCACCUUACAUUCCGUUUUUGAAAGACACCAUAGAUCUUGAAUAUUUUGAUCAAAAAACCUUCCAAGAUUCUCAAUCGUCGGGUUCAACAAAUGAAGAAUAUUAA